UCCAGUCGCACUUAGCUGCUGUCAUGCGCACAAAGAUGCGACCCGGAGUAGUGGCUCCGCUGGGGCGGAGCAGAAAAACGAGCUCAAACACGAGCUCAGAUCAGACGUCUUUCUGGUAAAGCGAUUUAUUGGCAAAACAAGUUUUUUCACUGCUAAGCUAAUUAGUCUUGAAGAAACAUAAGAUAGCAUACAGCACACUCAACACAACACUGGUAUAACAUGUCGGUUCUAUAUCUGUUUGCACUGGUAAUAUUUUCCAAGAGAGACGACGAUGAUGAUAAGUGUUCUGGAUCCAAUUCUAGCUCCCAGGAAUGCGAAAAACCAUCCACAUUAACAGGUGCUACUUUGGCUAUAACCAUCUGUAUCCCCAUCAUUGUCGUGGGCCUAGUAUUGGGACUAUUUGUCUGGAGAGGAUACAAGAAAAACAAAAAGGAAGGGUUGGAGUUUGAAAAUGAUCCUGAGUUCAACAAUCCAGAUAGCUAUAUAAAUAACGACGAUAUCAACUUAAGCCAAUAUGACAACCAAAACUAUAAAUACAAGUUAGACUCUUCUCGUGGAGAUAAUUCGUUUGGAAAAGACACGACAGAUAAUGCCUAUCCUUAUCCAUCAAAAACAUCAGCCGCCAGCCUAAGCACAGCUACCCAAAGCAUCAAUUUUGGAGGUAACGAUGACAGAUACAAUAUUGCACUUCAUGCUAUAUCUCCUGUGAGCUCCAGAAACAAUUCCACUACAAAAUUCCAUACGCCAGCUUAUAGCAAGUCCAAAGAGAACCUUGCACCUCCCAAAUAAUUCAAAUAAAAUACGAUAAAACCAAAUACGAAUACGAAUACAAAUACAAUAAAACCAGAUAGAUCAAAAUUUCUUUAACCUGAUUAAUACUAGAUAAUCCUAAUCAAUACAAUACAAUACACUUAACAUUCUUUAUGGUUUUCUUCUACCAAUGUGUUUAUAUAUUUAUCUAUCUAUCUUUAUAUUUGAUUACUUUCUUUCUUUUUAGUUAUUUUCCUUCAUUUCUUUUUGUUUUAGCACCAAAUUCUUCAACCCCACGAUAUAAUUCUUUACUUCUAUUCCUUGUUUCUUUUU